UGAGUGACCCUUUGUCAAGAGGCUCUUCUCUUUAGGCCAUCAUUGAGGACUGCAGAGCACAAGUGAGAUCAAAUGGAAGAAUCACUAGGUUAUUGCAAGACUGCUGGACCUUUUCUCUUACUCUCUCGUCUUAAACUGGGUUUAGAUUGAAUUUUAAAGGCACCAGAAGACAUGAAAUUGGAGCCGAAUAGGCAGAUUUAUUGAAUCAGCAGGGAUUGGGCCCUUUGGAGUUUUGCCAAAACGGAACUGACCUCAACGCUCUGACAGGAUUAUCACUAAAAAAAAGGUGAAUAACAGGCGUCAUUGCCUGGCAUCCACGCGUCCCGGACCAUCAUCCGAUAUGUCACGCUAAGAUUAAAUGUACCGACUUCUUCACUCAUAAGGAAUAGUCUUAAUAUGCUGAUAUGGUGGUAUAAAAGUCAAGGUUGUCAUGUAGCCGUUUCAAAGGACUAUUCUGAGCCAUGGACACGCAAAGGCCUUUCCUCGAAUCGACCAUAUUUAACUUCGUCAGCGACAUGAACUGCGAAGUGCCUCCGCGUUCAGUCUUUGGAGUUUCAGAAGGCCUAGACACGACACUCACGUACCACAUGGACUAUCACGGAGCACGUGAAGACCUCACCUCCGCUAUUAACGGGUUUGAUGAAAGUGAAGGUGAAAGUGACGUCCGUAAGACACCAAAGCGCAAGCGUGUGAUUACCAGCGUGCAGCGUCGAGCCGCCAACAUCCGCGAGCGCAGGAGAAUGUUCAGCCUUAACGAGGCUUUCGAUGAGCUCAGGAGAAAAGUGCCGACCUUCGCCUACGAGAAGAGGCUGUCGAGGAUCGAGACGCUGCGCCUCGCUAUCGUGUACAUCUCUUUCAUGACGGAAUUAUUGAGAAAAUGAAGGGGGGGAUAUACAAACAAACAAACAAACAAACAAAUAAAUAAAUCAAGUAUUUAUGUGAGUCUCCAGAUGUAUUUAGGUCGCUGUUCGACAAUGUAUAGCCUACAUAAAAGAACAGAAAAAAUGCAUUAAUAAAUACACAAUUAUAUAAUAAUAAUAAUAAGAAGAAGAAGAAGAAGAAGAAGAAGAAGAAGAAGAAGAAGGAGAAGAGAUGGAAUUGUUCUAAUACCAGCAAAAAUUGUUGAAUACGAUGAAAACAAAUCAGAAAACAAA